AUGUCUUUCAUUUCCUCCACCUCAAGCUCUAGUUCUUCUGAUUUCUCAAAUAACGUUGUAUUUGAUCGGUUAGUUGAUGAUUAUGCUGCUAACCACCUACCUCAUAUUUUAAUUCCCCAAGACUCAUCACAAGAAUCCCAACUUAAUAAUGAUAUAGAAAGUGUCCCGGAGCCUAAAAGGGAUAGGGAAAGAGAAAAAGGGCAUGUGCAACUAUAUAACGAUUAUUUUGCGAGUAAUGCAGUGUAUAACGACAACCAAUUCCGCCGUAGAUUUCGUAUGCAAAGAUCUUUGUUCUGUAGCAUUAUGAACAAGGUGGUUGAAGGGGAUCGAUUCUUUCAACAACGUCGGAAUGCAGCUGGAAAGCUUGGUUUAUCACCGUUGCAGAAAUGCACCGCUGCAAUAAGAAUGUUAGCGUAUGGUGUAGCCCCAGAUGUCGUGGAUGAAUAUCUACGUAUAGGCCAAACAACCUCUAGGAAUGCAUUGCAACAUUUUUGUCAAGGGGUUAUUUCACAAUUUGAAAGUGAAUAUCUACGUAAACCUACAGAUGAAGAUUUAAGGAGAAUCCUUCAUCAAAAUGAUUUGCGUGGAUUUCCAGGCAUGAUUGCCGUUGCUGAUCAGGAUUUAUGGAUUUGGCAUGCGUUCUUUGGAAUGCCUGGCUCAUGUAAUGAUCUUAAUGUCCUUUACCGUUCACCGGUGUUUGAUGAUGUUUUACAAGGUCGUGCACCACCAAUAAAUUUUUCGGUAAACAGACAUCAAUAUGAGUUGGCCUACUACUUGGCAGAUGGGAUUUACCCGAGAUGGCCAACUUUUAUACAAGGUAUAACACAUCCUCAAGUUCAAAAAGACAAGUUGUUUGCUGAUCGACAAGCAGCAGUUCGGAAAGACGUUGAACGGGCUUUCGAAAUUUUACAAGCUAGGUUUGCUAUACUACGACAACCAGCACUUGCAUUCGACAAAGAUAUUCCUUGUGACAUUAUGAAAGCCUGUAUAAUAAUACACAACAUGAUCGUCGAGGAUGAACGACACAACUACACACGUGCAGAUGUUUUGAGACGAUACUACGAAGAAGAUCGACCACAACGUACAGCAGCGCGAGCGGGACCGAGCACAAGUGCCACGGUGACUAACAACGAGCCAUUUGAAUUCAACGUCGGGCGGCCACCCAACAUUGAUUUCAACGCGUAUUUUCAGAGGAGGAUUGCCCUUCGUGAUAGAGAAAUUCAUUCAUCUCUCAAACAAGAUUUAGUAGAGCACAUAUGGCAGAACUUUCAUCAUAAUACGACCGAAUAA